AGGGCGAGGACCCGAGGAGGGAGGGACCCACGGGGGAGGGCUGGCCGGCCCCCACCCCGCCCCGGCCGCCGGAGCAUGCAGUUGGGAGCGGGCCGGCUCGCCGACGUCCCCGGCGGCCGGGCAUCCGCAGAGGAGGCGCAACUGGUGCCCGUGCCCCGUCGCGGCGGCCGCAGCGCCCGCAGGAGCCGGCUCGGAGCAGCUCCCCCGCCCGGUCCGCAGCGGCGGCGCCCGGGGCCGGGCCCGGGCCUUGCGUGAAGCCCCGGGCCCCCUGGGAACAGCGGGGCGCGGGUGGAUGCGGGGUGCGCCCGGGGCCCGGGGCGAGGCGCUGAGGCCUCCCGGGGGGCUGCGCGGAGGCGGCGGCGGCGGCGGCGGCGGCGGGCCCACGAUCGCCAGCCAUGCUGCUGGCCUCGGCCGUGGUGGUCUGGGAAUGGCUGAACGAGCACGGCCGCUGGAGACCGUACAGCCCGGCCGUGAGCCACCACAUCGAGGCGGUGAUCCGGGCCGGCGGGCCCCGCGCCGGCGGCGGCAGCGUGGUGCUGGGCCAGGUGGACAGCCGCCUGUCGCCCUACAUCAUCGACCUGCAGUCCAUGCACCAGUUCCGGCAGGACACCGGGACCCUGCGUCCUGUCCGUCGAAGCUACUACGACCCGGCCUCGGCGCCCGGGAAGGGUGUGGUCUGGGAGUGGGAGAAUGACAACGGCUCCUGGACCCCUUACGACAUGGAGGUGGGCAUCACCAUCCAGCACGCCUACGAGAAGCAGCACCCCUGGAUCGACCUCACCUCCAUCGGCUUCUGCUACGUCAUCGACUUCGGCACCAUGAGUCAGAUCAACAGGCAGACCCAGCGCAAGCGCCACAUCCGGCACCGGCUCGACCUCAUCUACCCCGUGGUCACGGGCACCCUGCCCAAGUCUCAGUCGUGGCCAGUCGGCUCGGCCGUGGCCAGCUCCCCCCCCGGCCCCCCGUGCUCCUGCCCGCAGUGCCUCCUGGUGAUGAGCGUCAAGGUGGCGGCCGGGGCCAACGGCGGUAUGGGGCUGCUGCCGCCCAUGCCCGCCCGGAAAAACGUGGCCCCUCUGGGGGGCCCCAAGCUGGCCCUCCCUCCGGGAGCUGGGCCCAAGCCUCUGGAUGGGACGGGCACCCUUCGGGUUCCGGGGAAGGCGGCGACCUCACAGGUGAACCGGAGGCAGGCGGCCAGCGCCCCGGCCCUGGCCGGCUCGGCCUCCCCGGCUAGCCCCCCGGGGGCCACCGGCAAGAAUGGGCGGGUAGCCCUGGCGACCCUGAACCGCACCAAUCUGCAGCGUCUCGCCAUCGCACAGUCCAGAGUGCUGAUUGCUUCUGGUGUCCCCACUGUCCCAGUGAAGAAUCUCAAUGGCUCCAGUCCUGUGAAUCCUGCCUUAGCAGGAAUCACCGGAAUCCUCAUGAGUGCGGCAGGAUUGCCCGUGUGCCUCACCCGGCCCCCCAAGCUGGUCCUGCACCCUCCCCCUGUCAGCAAGAGCGAAAUCAAGUCUAUCCCAGGGGUCUCCAACACAAGCCGCAAGACCACCAAAAAACAAGCCAAGAAAGGAAAGACUCCAGAAGAAGUUCUGAAAAAGUACCUGCAGAAAGUGCGCCAUCCCCCAGAUGAGGACUGCACCAUCUGCAUGGAGCGCCUCGCGGCCCCAUCAGGUUAUAAGGGCCCCCAGCCAACAGUCAAGCCCGACCUGGUGGGGAAGCUGUCCAAAUGUGGUCACAUCUAUCACCUUCAUUGCCUGGUUGCCAUGUACAACAAUGGGAACAAGGAUGGAAGUUUGCAGUGUCCAACCUGCAAAACCAUUUAUGGUGUCAAGACGGGGACCCAGCCCCCUGGGAAGAUGGAGUAUCACCUCAUCCCCCACUCCCUGCCUGGGCACCCAGACUGUAAAACUAUCCGGAUCAUCUACAAUAUCCCCCCAGGCAUUCAGGGACCAGAACACCCGAAUCCUGGGAAGAGUUUCACCGCCCGAGGCUUCCCUCGACAUUGUUACCUCCCAGAUAGUGAGAAAGGGAGGAAGGUGCUGAAGUUGCUGCUGGUAGCCUGGGACCGCCGCCUGAUCUUUGCCGUGGGCACCUCCAGCACCACGGGCGAGUCCGACACGGUCAUCUGGAACGAAGUGCACCACAAGACCGAGUUUGGCUCCAACCUCACGGGCCACGGCUACCCAGACGCCAACUACCUGGACAACGUGCUGGCCGAGCUGGCGGCCCAGGGCAUCGCGGAGGACAGCGCCGGCCUGGAGAAGGACUGAGCCCGGCAGGAAGCGUGAUAGGGCGGGCCGGGUGCCGGCCGGGCGGUGGAGGGAGCCCCCGCUUCUCCUUCCGCCCCUGCAGGUGACGGCCCAGUGUAUAGGCUAUGUCAUUCAUAAACCUCAUCAGAUACAGGAGGGGACAUGGGACAGAGAAUCCCACUCACCAUGUUCUCCACGAGACUCUGGUCCCGGGGGACGAGGACUCCCCGAGUGGGGAGCUUGGCCGGCUCUCUGGCCAACUGAGGGGUGGUGGUCACUCUACCCCCUGGGCCUUGGGAAGCUGGAGGCUCCAUCCCCUGGGAGCCCCUCCAGGUGUUUACGCUCUGCUUCAGGAGCAGAGUUUCAGCUCCCUGUCCUCUUAAGGGAAGGGAGCGAGGCCCUCACUGUGCAGGGUGGGUGGGAGGGAGGGGGUGGAACCGGUUAAAUUGCUGUGACAUUGAAUGCCUUGGCCAACGUGGGGUCGGAAUGAUCGCUCUCGAUGAGAGGGGGGCUUUUGCCAAAGCCUCUGGGAGCCUCUUCACCUUAACCGGCUCCCUCCAGCUUCUCAAAUGAGGCCGUUGCUUCUCUACGGCGGAUGACCCCAGGGGCUUCUCUGUGAGCCUCCGUCUCAUCAACUGGAAUUGGGUCUGAGCCUUCUGUGCCCAGAGUCAUUCAGGUUUCCACCCAAGACCCUCCAUUGUCUUGCCCUUUUCCAGGUCCGUCCUAGCCAGCAUCCGAGCUGCGCUCAGGGAAAGAGGGCCUUGGUGCCCCCUUUCCCUCCUGACUCUUGUCAGCCCAGCCAAAUAGAGACCUGGUUCCCUUAAGUUCAUGUAUUCACUGUGAGUUGAGUCCAUGCCAGACUCUGUCCCAUUUGUGUGUGUGCUGUGGGGCACGUUCCCUAUCUCCUUGUAUCACCCAUCAGCUCCCUGCCAAGCUCUUUUUGGAGCUGGUAUCAGCCCCAUCCCAGUUUCUCUGUGUGUACCUAGCCCGUUGGGACUGGGGUCCGAUCAGAAGCCUGUCAUUUCCCGUCCGCUCUUCAGCAGCCCCUAGUAAUGUGAUCUGUACCAACCUGUGAAGGACCAAGUGAAAGAGGAGGAGGAGGAGGAGGGCUGGAGACAGAACCGUGAGGUCACAUCAGGACCACGGACAGCUCUUCCCUGUCCCCUCCUGCGGAGAAGAGAUUCAGAGGGAGUCUCUGCGUUCCCCUCUUUUGCAAAUGAGGAAACUGAGAAGUGAAAGGACUUGCUUAAGGUCCCACAGAGAGUAGUUAGUAGUGAGAAUUGAACCCAAGUCCUCUGACUUCAAACGCUGUGUUCUUUCUACACACCAGGCUGCCUCUAUUAUUUUUUUUUCCUGGCAGUGGAGAAGGGGAGAUCCCCAUGUUCUGGGUCUAUUUCCGUCUAGGUUAGAACCCAGCUGGGUUCCUAACUUAUUUCUCAAUGGGAAAGGAAGUCACUCCACCCACAACUAGCCUAGCCUGUGUCUGAGCUGUGUCCCUCAGGGGAGGGAAGUUCCUUUGGCCCAAACUUCCCUUUUGCUAUCUGCUCCCAAUAGGGGAGGAAUUAGGAUUUGGAGAGGAGAGAAGGGGAAACUCUAUUUCCCUUUCGAAGAAGGUGGGUUCUUUGAACUGUGUGUAUAGGGGACAUUUCCCCUGGAUAUGGAUUUUGAAUUUAUAUGCCUCAUGUUUGGGGGGCCUGACGUAUAUAUGUACAUAUAUUUCAUAAUGUUUGGAAGGUUUCUGAUGGUUAAUAAGGACUGGAGGCCAGCCCCAUGGGCUGCUUGUGAAGAACCCAUUUUGAAAUGAUGGUGACCAUGGGCUCCAUGACCCAAUUUCCACCCAAUUGAAAAAGAAAAAAAAAAAACAAAACAAACCUGAUGCUUGAGAUCUAUAACCCAUUUCAAAUUGCUGCCAGCAGUGGAAAGUAGCUGGGAAACAACCUCUAGGGGAAACACUGAUAGGAACUUCUGGGCCCUGUGUGGAAUGACCCACUAUUUAUUUUUGGUUGUUUCUGUUCUUCCGAUGAAAGGCUUAUCAUUUCCUCCCACUAGUGAGCUGGAGAUCAGACAACCACUCUCUCUGUAGAUUGUGAAAUUUCUCCCACUUGCCUACUUUUCUCUCCUCAAGGUUAGAGCCAUGAAAACAGUAGCCAUGGGUCAUCAAACACUAUUUCCUAUUCCUAGCCCCAUAAUGGUGUGAAAGGAAGAGCUGGGAGUGCUUUUCUCCGGCCCCUCGGGCCCUGUGUUUUAGUGGUCCUGGGUUAGCACAACCCUGUUUUCCACACACAGAUCAAAAUGCAUGAUGUGGCAGUGGAUGCUCCUCAGAAGUGGGCUUUCAUUUUCCCAACACAGGCUUGUGUUCCUGCCGCACGCCUACCUGGCAACGGGUACUCCGUGUGUUCCCCUUGUCGGUUUUCUGGGUUUGUCAAUAAUGGAGAGGUUGGAGAACCAACAGUGGAUGUUGGAAUGGAUGAAGGGAUCGAAAGGAGUAAAAGUUAAAGGAGGGAAGUGGGAGUUGCUGACAGUGGGAAAUGGAUGUGAUAGAAUGAGUGGUUUGACUGAGGACCAGGCCAGGGACAAGGAAGAUCGAGAGGGGGAGGAGUGCCUGAGUCACAAGAGAAAGAGAGCCCAGGGGAUCCAUGAAGGUCGGUCACCUUUAACUAAUUAACCACUUGGGCAUUUGGGGUCCAAGCCAGCUCCCUUUUCCAUAAGAUGUUUAAGCUGUGUUUCUAUUCCAUUUUCUCUGCCUCUUUAAGGAAAUAAAUGGGGGAAGUUUGUCAGUUCACAACAUUCAGUGUUCAUUGGGCCCGAAAGGUUCAUAGGAACCUUUGGAAGGGAUUUUGGAGUUCAUGGAGUCCAGUUGUCCCAUUUUAUGGACGAGGAGACUAAGGUCCAGAAGGGUGAGAGGAUUUGGUAGGAAGUGGCAGAAUCCAGACCCAGUGCCCCCUUCCUCGCCCCUACACUGCUAAUUUUUCCCUUCUUCACUGUGCCAGCUGAGGGUGAGGGCAUUUCUGAGCUCCUUUUUCUUUGCCGAGCAGGAAAGGUUCUGGCUCUCCGAGCGUGCCCUGUAGUCGGUGGGCACCCGCCACUGGCACAGAGGGGUCUUCAUGGGUCCCAUCCUUUAACCUGAUCGUGUUGCUCGGGAGCUUCCUGACCAUCCUCUCUGCAAAAGCUCCCGCGCAAGCUCCACGAACUCUGUCCCACGAGGCCCUGGGCAAAGGCCCCGGCAGCCCGUGGGCUCGGGCCCAGGCUGACCGCCCGUCCCUGGAUGCCCUGCUGCAUUUCCAUUGCCUGCCCAGGAGAGAGCUCUCGUCCUGCCCCUCGCCAUCCCAGCACCAGCAAUGACCUGGGCCCUGCCUUCAAUCCGAGCCCUCCCCCAUGCAAGGUGGUGGGGCUGGGGGAACAGCUCCUGCCACCCCACCCCGUAUGGGUCGGAGGGGUGUGUGUGAGUGUGUGUGAGUGUGCGAGUGCACGUGGGUACGUGUCUUUUCUUUUUCCUCUUUGUAUAACUGGGAGUUGUCUGUGCUUUUAUACUUGGUCAGGAACCUGUGGCAUCCUGAGGUCCCAUGGACAUGAUGAGCAUGAGGGUCGGAGGGUGAGGGAGGCGGAGGGGCCUUUGGGACAGGGAGGGCUCCCUGCCUUCCACCUGUCUGUUGUCGUUGGAAUUGAUCUGGGGCUUUGGGGGGAGGCGGGAGGGAGUGGGCGAAUGUCCUGGUGUAUUACUGAUUUGUUUAAAAAAAAAAAAAAAAAGUGAUUUUUUGUUGUUUUUUUGGCUGUCUAUGCUGUAUUGCUCUGCUGGAGUACAGCGACCCCUAGUGCCCAUGGGAGUUGUGUGCAGAACAAUAAAAAGAAUUCUCAAUGUUG